AUGGCUGAGAAGACACAAAGUAGAGGCCCCCUGGGAAGAGUCGUUGUCAUUGGCGGCAAUGGCUUUCUGGGCCAUCACAUCGUUAACCAGGCCCUCGAGCAAUGGACAACCACCGCCGUCAUCGGCGUCGACCUGCGAUGCGAGCGCAACCGUAAUCCCGCUGCCGAGUACCGAGAGUGCGAUAUCACCGAUUCCGAGCGUCUUCUGUCACUAUUUGAAGAGCUUAAGCCCGACGUUGUCAUCCACACAGCGUCGCCUGUCGCCGUCAACCCCAAGAUCGGCCACGAUAUAUUCAAGAAGGUCAAUGUCGACGGCACACAGGCUGUUGUUGACGCCUGCCAGCAGAUGGGUGUCAAGGUUCUCGUGUAUACAAGCUCCGCUAGUGUUAUCAGCGACAACGUGAACGAUUUGCUCAACGCCGAUGAGCGAUGGCCUUUGGUUCGUGGAGAGGCGCAGACUGAGUACUAUUCAGAGACCAAGGCUCAAGCUGAAGAGAUCGUCCUCAAGGCCAACCGCCUAGACGACUACAAGCUCCUCACAACCGCCAUUCGUCCCGCUGGCAUCUUUGGUGAGGGCGACGUCCAGACCCUCGCAGGCAUCAUGAACGCCUACAAGCGCGGCAAGCACACAAUCCAGGUCGGUGCCAACGAGAACCUCUUCGAUUUCACCUACGUUGGCAAUGUUGCACAUGCCCACCUCCUUGCCGCACAGCUCCUCCUCGCCACCGCGGCUUCUCCCACCGUGCCCCUCGACCAUGAGCGCGUCGACGGCGAGGCCUUCUUCAUCACAAACGACACUCCCGUUUACUUCUGGGACUUCGCCCGCGCCAUCUGGCACGCUGCCGGCUGGGAUAAGGGCACCGAGGGUAACUGGGGUCUCAACCGCGAGCUCGGCAUCACCUUUGGAUAUAUCAGCGAGGUCCUUGCCAGCAUCCUUGGCAAGACACCCACCCUCACCCGCAAGUCCAUCAUUAUGAGCUGCAUGACCCGCUACUACAACAUCAACAAGGCCAAGCGCGCCCUGCGCUACCAGCCCCUCUGGACUCUGAAGGAAGGUAUUGACCGCGGUGUGAACUGGUUCCUUGAACAGGAUAAGGCUGCUGCUGUCAAGGCGUAA